AUGAGUCAAGGCGAUCACGUGUGGGGCACGGACAUGUUGGAAGUCAGCAGCAGAUGGGUAGGGGAGGUUGGUGACGGUCCGCUCGUUCCUCACACCUACUGUGAUGAAAAUGACAUCCACAAGAAGCUCGAUCUUGGCCCGAACACGAUCAAUGUUCAUCAAGCUUUGAACAUCCUUGCCAGGUUCUGUGGAUUGCGCUGGUUGCUGAGUGAACAUCGGAAGGAGGCUGAUGGUCUACCCCCAGCCGAAGAUGUUGAAAGAUGGGAGCUGCAUGGCUCGGACCUAGAUGAUCUGCCAGUUGAGCGGGAGAAGUCCUCGACCAAGCUUCCUCAUUCUUCCACGAGCAAGUCUUCCGUAAGGGGGUCUCGAGUUGCUUCUUCAUCCGCCAAGAUCAAGCGCCUCGUCAGCACGAACAGUAAGAAGAUCAAUGGCAUGCAGGAGGUCCGAGAUAUUCUGCUCAGGUAUCCGCUCGAACUGCCUAAAACCCAUGAUCUACCUUGUGAGGAGGCUGUUGAGAAGCAGGGUUUGAGUUGCUUGUGCCGAUCCUGGGAUCAAACUGAGAGGACUGUACAUCUAUCUAGCAAUCACGACUCGUCUGCAAAGCCACGAACAGUCAAGCACGGAGCUAACUCAAUGUUGCGAGUUUCGGCCAAGAGAGCUAAAGAGUCGUCCGCUCGAGCAAAGACCACGGAGGCAUCCAAGCAUGAGAUUGUUGCUAAUGCGUACAAGCUGGGAUACUCGGAUUGUAGGAAUAGUGCUUCUCCUUGUUGCCCUCUCGAACAUGAAGACGGUAAGCAGCUUUAUCUUGACCUGCCCCCUGCUCAAAGUGAGCAGAGCAAUACUGUGGAUGCAGAAGCAGUUGAAGAGCAAAUAGCAGAUGAAGCUGCAAUGGAGGAAGACAACUCCCAAGGUGGCGUAGCUGAUAUGGUUAGACCAUAUGCGAAGGAGCAGGCAGGUGAGGCCGUUAAGUAG